AUGCGGUCCAACAUCGAAAAGGCUAUGGAGAACUUGAUGAAGUGGCCAGCAGCAGUGGAGAAGUCCCUAGUCAAGGACAAGAGGAUCAAUGAUAUGGCCGCCAGUUUAUUCAACGCGGUUGAUUAUGCCAAAGUCAAAGGUGACUUGACCCAGUUUAAACAUAUUUGCCCAACUGACACCGCCCUUGCUUUUUCAGAGACGAUAAAUAAGGUUGGGGCUCAAAGCCAAAAGACUACACCAGGCUCGGGCGAUCGCGAGGACCCCAUCAUCUACUGUGACUUGGACCGCUAUUUAGUUAUAUACGACAAGAAAAAUCCGAAAAAGUUACAAGCGCUCGACACGAUACAUAAUUAUCCUGUCUCGCAUGAAAUUUACGAGGGAUGCGAGAAACGCACCCAAGACAUAACAGCUUAUACUACACCCCGGACCAACGCGAAUGGCAAGGGGCAAACUGUCAUCCAGCUCUGUCCUUGGUAUCUGAAAGAGGUGGGCCAGACGCCUUUCCUCAACAGGAAUGGUGAGCCACAGAACAACAAGCUACACAACGCUGCCGACAUUUUGUACCAGAGCAGGGGCACCCCCGUCCACAUUGACGAUUUUGCACGUCUUGAGCUUACGCUUUUCCACGAGUUUGUUCACACGCCCAAAGUCAAGUAUCCUGCUAUUGGCGACAGCGGGACGUAUUGGGGCUCAUGCACCAGGCUCACGGAAGCCCAAGCUCUCGACAAUGCGGAAUCCUAUGCAAUGCUUAGUCUGGCGACGUAUCUGAUGAGCACACUGGACGCAACCAUCAAGCCCGACGGUACAAUUGAGUGGGAACAGGACGAGUUGUCUGCGGGACAGAAGCGAUCUGAAGUGGUGGGCCAGCAAUUCACGGCUUAG